CUUACAUUUACUUGUUAAUCGGGGGAAUCGCCGGGGCGGCUCUGCUUCUUUUAACCCUCGGAUUGUUCCUUCUGAGACGGAACAGAAUUAAACGGGAUGAUGAAUCGUACAAAGGAUCGAGUAUCCUUGUGUAUCCUUCGCAUCAAGGAUGCGCCACGCCGCAGUUUCUGACGAAGGAGAUUCAUUUUAGUCUGCCGCCGAUGAGGAGCACCUCUUUAGGCGAUCUGAACGAGAACGAUCAGGAUUCGGACGUGGACAUCGACACGGAUUCUCUGCUUCCUGCCACGUCCAGCCACAACCAACGAUCCAAUUCGUUCAGCUGCUACGGUUUGGGCGUAAUUGAGCCGAGCCUCUAUCGCAGCACUCUGGAUUUAGAUGAGAUCCAAUGGCCGGAAGGGCACAUAGGGCGGAUAUGGUUCUCGUUGAGAUACGAGCCUUCCACCGAAAAGUUGCUCGUCUCUCUGCUCAAGGCGAAGAAUCUACCCUCUAGAACCGUCGGCACCGUCAACAGUUGCGAUCCUCUUGUUCGAUUGCACUUGAUGCCGGACGAAAGACGCUACUUGCAGUCGAGGCCGAAGAAGAAAACCUGUAAUCCGUAUUUCGACGAGACUUUAGUUUUCCAA